GUAGAAUAGUCGAAGCAAAAGAUCGAUUCUUCCCAAAAGUUCUACUUUUGGCGCCAGAUUCCAAUUUUAACGGUCACGAUUUCAACAGUUGUGUGUGCUAGUGUGUGAGAGAGAAAAAGCAGAGAGGGGGAGAGGUGUGUCAAUGGCGGAUUCAACAAACGGUUCUUCUAGUUUUUGGACUCAGGCUAACGCUUUGUUCAGAAAGAAUUUGACCUUUCAGAGAAGGAAUAUCAGGACAAAUCUGAGGCUCAUAUUAUUCCCACUCGUCCUCUGUCUGCUACUUGUAUUACUGCAAACAAUAGUCAACACUGAAUUAGAUAAACCCUCCAACAAAUGUGGUUGCACUUGUAUUGAUCAAAAUGGGGAUGGUCAAUGCGAGAGAGUAUGCGGGAUUCAGUACUCAGAUUUGGAUCAAGUGGCUACGUGUUCCAUUCCUAGUCCACCUGAAUGGCCUCCAUUGUUACAAGUACCUGAUUCACAGUUUCGAGCAGUGAGAACUGAUUUUCUUUCAUUUGGAGACUUGCCUAAUGACUCUUGCAGAAGUACAGGUUCCUGUCCUAUCACUGUACUUAUGACUGGGAAUAACCAAUCUCUUGGAGAAAGUCUGGCUAGAAAUAUAUUCCCAAUUUCAUCCAAUUUUAACUCAUCUGAUGGCCUGGCUAAUGUCGUAUUGGGGUCAGCUUCGGAGACUCAGAUAUUCAACUUUCUUGAGCCUGCUUUCUUCUCAAGUCUUCCACUCUACCAUGUUCAAUCUCAGUGCAGAGCCAACUCCACUUUUUCUAUUUCGAUCCCACUGGCGUCCACGAUAAUGAAGAAAGAAAUUAGAUGUGUUCAAGGCCAACAUUUAUGGCGCAACAGCUCUACUGAUAUUAACAACGAAUUGUAUGCGGGAUACAGGAAGGGAAAUUCUGAAGAGAAAAUAAAUGAGAUAUUAGCAGGCUAUGAUUUCUUGAAUUCAAAUGCCAACAAUUAUAAUGUGACAGUUUGGUACAACUCUACCUACAAGAAUGAUACAGGAAAUGGUCCCAUUGGAACAGUCCGGGUUCCUCGCUCAAUAAAUUUGGUCUCAAAUGCUUUCCUACAACUUCUGCUUGGGCCUUCUACACAAAUGCUGUUUGAUUUCAUAAAAGAGACGCCGAAACCUGAAACAGAAAUCAGACUGGAUUUCUCUUCUCUCCUUGGACCAUUAUUCUUUACAUGGGUCAUUUUGCAACUAUUCCCUAUUGUACUAACAGCUUUGGUGUAUGAGAAGCAACAAAACUUAAGGAUCAUGAUGAAAAUGCAUGGGCUUGGGGAUGGUCCUUAUUGGAUGAUUUCUUAUGCAUACUUCCUUGCCAUAUCCUUGGUUUACAUGUUCUGUUUUGUGGCCUUUGGCUCAGUUGUAGGGUUAAAGUUUUUCACAUUGAAUGACUACAGCAUCCAGUUUGUGUUCUAUACCAUCUAUGUAAACUUACAAAUUUCUCUUGCAUUUCUGGUAGCUGCUCUCUUCUCCAAUGUGAAGACUGCUGCAGUUGUGGGGUACAUUACUGUCUUUGCAACCGGUCUCUUGGGAGGAUUCUUCUUCCAGUUCUUCCUUCAAGAUACAUCAUUUCCAAGAGCUUGGAUUGUUGUGAUGGAGUUAUAUCCAGGGUUUUCUCUUUAUGCUGGAUUAUAUGAGUUUUCACAGUAUGCUUUUACCGGAAACUAUAUGGGGACAGAUGGAAUGCGUUGGGAGGAUUUAAGUGGCAGCAAUAACGAGAUGAGUCAUGUCCUAAUAAUCAUGAUUGUGGAAUGGGUGGUGGUUUUCUUUUUGGCAUACUAUAUUGACCAGGUUGUAACAGCUGGAAGUGGGGCCCGAAAAAGUCCACUUUUUUUCUUGGAAAAGUUUAAAAAGAAGCCCUUGUCGUCCUUUAGGAAGCCCAGUUUACAAAGACAAGGUUCAAAAGUAUAUGUGCAGUUGGAGAAACCUGAUGUUGCCCAAGAGAGGGAGAGGGUUGAGCAGUUAGUAGUUGAACAAGACAGGAGCCAUGAUAUUGUCUGUGAUAACCUCAAAAAAGUGUAUCCAGGAAGGGAUGGAAACCCAGAGAAGAUUGCAGUUAGAGGGUUGUCACUUGCAUUAUCUACAGGAGAGUGCUUUGGUAUGCUUGGUCCAAAUGGUGCUGGCAAAACCUCCUUCAUUAAUAUGAUGAUUGGGCUGGUUAAGCCAAGCUCUGGCACAGCAUAUGUUCGUGGCCUGGAUAUAACAAGUGACAUGGAUGGGAUUUAUGCCAACAUGGGUGUCUGUCCUCAGCAUGACCUGCUGUGGGAAACCCUAACAGGUAGGGAGCAUCUUCUUUUCUAUGGAAGGCUUAAGAACCUUAAAGGUACCGCAUUGACACAAGCAGUUGAAGAAUCUCUAAGAAGUGUGAAUCUAUUUAAUGGUGGGGUUGCAGACAAGCAAUCUGGGAAGUACAGUGGAGGCAUGAAGAGGAGGCUGAGUGUUGCCAUUUCAUUGAUUGGAGAUCCAAAGGUGGUGUACAUGGAUGAGCCCAGUACCGGACUCGACCCAGCUUCAAGAAACAAUCUAUGGAAUGUGGUGAAACGGGCUAAACAGAAUCGUGCAAUUAUCCUCACCACACAUUCUAUGGAGGAAGCAGAGCAUCUAUGUGAUCGGUUAGGGAUUUUUGUAGAUGGAAGCUUGCAGUGUGUCGGAAACCCUAAAGAGCUGAAGGGUAGAUACGGAGGUUCAUAUGUGUUCACAAUGACAACAUCCUCAAAUCACGAGGCGGAUGUAGAAAACCUGGUAAAAGGUCUCUCGCCAGAUGCAAAAAAGAUAUAUGAAAUAUCAGGGACACAAAAGUUUGAAUUGCCAAAAGAAGGCAUCAAAAUAGCAGAUGUUUUUCGUGCUGUUGAGAAUGCUAAAAGUAGGUUUGAUGUUCAGGCAUGGGGGCUUGCAGACACAACUCUUGAAGAUGUUUUCAUUAAAGUUGCUCGAGAGGCUCAACCAUUCCAUGUUCUCUCAUGAUUAAAUCUUCAUUUUCUUGUUAGUUAAAACGUUAUCUCUAUACAAGAAUUUUAGUUUCUACUGAUUUUUUAGUUUGCAUCAAAUUUAUACUUGCCAAAAUGUGCCACAGGUGGUAUAUUGUAUAGUAUUUUCAUAUUUUGUAUCUCAAAACUUACAAGUUUUUGUAUGUAUGAUAUAAUAUUAAGCUUGUACUUUUGUAACUUGG